GAGAGAGAGAGAGAGAGAGAGAGAGAGAGAGAGAGAGAGAGAGAGAGGUUGUGCCAUAAAAGGAGCGGUGACGCGCCAUCCUCUUUGCGCGCCUUGUAAAUCUGUGUGUGUGUGUGUGUUGGGGUAAAGUUUUGUGCAGAGUGGGGGGGGGCGCGGCAGUUCAGUCUCCUAUCGGAGCCUCUGGGGCAGACCUGGUGGUCGGAGGGGUGUCAGGACGGCAGGAGUCUCUGGGUGCUGGGUUGCGCUGCAGAAGCGCGCGCAUGCGGCCAGUUUGCGCUCUCCAAACCGGGGUAAACUUCACUCACCUGCACACGGGGACCCCCGUUUUUACUGUAAUUUCUUGAGGAAUGCUGCGCAGCUCUCUGGCCGUGAGGAUGGAGCGUGGAUGGGACUGCGCCUCCUCUGCUGGGCUGUUUCUGCUGGGGGUGCUCUCUGCGCUCUGGCUGGCGCCAAACGGGGUUUGGAGUUUUAACCUUUACGCAGAGCAUCCUACGGUUUACAGGGGACCCGGAGGCAGUUAUUUCGGUUAUUCUGUGGACUUCUAUCAAGCGUCCACCGACAGAAACACAAUCAGUGUGCUGGUGGGGGCCCCUAAAGCCAACACCUCCCAGCCAGGCAUAGUGGAGGCUGGAGCUGUCUAUUACUGCCCCUGGCCCGGACUGCCUGAUAGCUGCAGACCGAUUCCUUUUGACAACUCCAGCAUGUGCUCCUCUCUACCACUGGCGGACCUUAAAGAAAGAAGGACAGAAAGACCCUGUGGGGACCUGCUAUGUGGCCGUUCAGAACUUCAGCGCCUAUGCUGAGUAUUCACCAUGCAGAACCUCUGAUCCGGACCCAGAGGGGCAGGGAUUCUGCCAGGCCGGUUUCAGCGUGGAUUUCACCAAGGAAGGAAGGCUGGUUGUUGGAGGACCGGGGAGCUUUUACUGGCAAGGCCAGGUGAUGACAGCAGGGGUAGCUGAGAUACUGAACCGCUACUCCUUAAAGGCGGUACUGAGACAAGUCGCAGGCGAGAAACAAACCAGAGCUGCUGAAGACACAUACGACGACAGCUACCUGGGUUACUCUGUGGCAGUGGGAGAGUUUACCGGAGACUCAGCUGAUAGCUGGAGUUCCAAGAGGAGCACAAAGUUUUGGAUAUGUGGCCAUGAUCAACUCCACCAACCUGACCUUCAUCCAGAACUUCACAGGAGAACAGAUGGCCUCCUACUUUGGUUACUCAGUGGCUGUCACUGACUUGGAUGGAGAUGGGACUGAUGACAUCCUGGUGGGAGCUCCUCUCUACAUGGAGAGGGAGAUGGAGAGCAAACCCAGGGAGGUGGGGCGAGUGUACCUGUACCUGCAGCUGGCUCCGCUCACGUUCUCCAAACGGGUCRUUCUCACCGGCACCUACACUUUUGGGCGCUUCGGGACGGCCAUAGCACCGCUGGGAGACGUCAACCAGGAUGGAUAUAAUGAUCUGAUCGUCGGGGCGUUUGGCGUAGGCGAGGUCUCGGUCUACAGGGCUCGUGCUGUUGUAUCGGUGGAAGCUGCAUUGACUCUAACUCCCAGAAUCCUGAACCCAGAUGAUCGACAAUGUUACCACCCUCAGACACAUAACCUGGUCACCUGCCUUAAAGUGGGUGUGUGUGCAGCGGUGAGCGGUGUGGGGAUCCCCAGCUCUGUAGAUCUGAGAGCCGAGCUGCAGCUGGAUUGGUYGAAAGGCACCAGAGGUGGAGUAAAGCGAGUUCUCUUCCUGGACUCGCAGCAGCCCCAGCGCACCGGGCUCCUCCGGCUCGGUCACAGCCGCCCACGCUCCUGCCUGAGCUACAUCAUUUAUCUGAGGGAGGAGGAUGAGUUCAGGGACAAACUGACCCCCAUCUCACUGGCCCUCAACUACAGCCUGGCUCCACCUUCACACGACCAAGCUCUGCCACCUGUUCUCAACCAGUACAGCAGCACCUUCCUUCAAGAGCAGGCUUACAUCCUCGUGGACUGCGGCGAUGACAACMUUUGUGUCCCCGACCUCCACCUCUCUGCCAGCAUGGAUCGUGCAGAGCUGGUGAUCGGAGAGGACAACCUGGUCAUGUUGACCAUCACUGCUGUGAACCGAGGCGAGGGGUCCUACGAGACAGAGCUGCACACGCUCAUCCCACCCGAGGCGGACUACAUCGGAGUGGAGCGCAGGGUGGAGGGUGUCUCAUCCCUCCCAGGUGGUGCUGCCAUUCCCAAACUGGGAACCUAAAGAGAAACCUGUCAAAGAGGACGAUGUUGGACCACAAGUAACACACAUCUAUGAGCUUCAUAACUCUGGUCCCAGCAGCAUCGGAGAGGCGGAGCUUCAGGUGGGCUGGCCUUCCUGCUUCCGUGAUGAGAACCUGCUGUAUGCCAUGGAGAUUCGAACUGACGGCCCAAUUAGCUGCUGGACAAACACCAGCCUGAACCCACUUGGCCUGCAGGUCUCCUCUCUGCAGGACACACCAGAGCUGUUGGGUUUCUUGAGGAACAGCAGCGAUCCCCCUCCUCCUCCUCCUCUUCAUCGCCACAAACGAUCUGUCAGCACCGCAGAGAGUUCCAACCCCAAGACCCUGAACUGCACCAACAUCUCCUGUCUGAAGAUCACGUGUGUGGUCGGUCGGCUGGAUCGGGGUCAGAGUGCCGUCGUUCGGAUCCGAUCGAGACUGUGGGCGCACACGUUCCUACAGCGGCGUAACAAUCCCUACAUCCUGAACUCCACCGUGUCCUUCAUGGUCAUCACGGUGCCGUAUCUGGUCCAGCCCUCCACGCUGUCUCAGCACACAACCUCG